UCUGUGACAGUAUGGUUGGACACGAUGGUUCAAAAAGAUGUAAUACAUUACUUUCUUGCUUUUGGACUGUUUGUUGAAGGUGUGACAGGUGUGAUCAUCACUCAGCAGACUGUGGUGGCAGCAGUGGGGGGAGAUGCUCAACUCAGCUGUCGGCUCUUGGACAAGAAAAAAGUCCUUUAUGUCUCAUGGCAGAAAGUUUUACCAAAUGAGAAAAAGGGUGUUGCUUUCUAUAACAAAAACAAGGGUCCACUAAUAUACCCUGACUUCAGUGAAAAAAUCAAGUUUAACGAGACUGAACUGCCGACCACUUCCAUCAUCAUCAUGAACUUAACAGAGCAGGAUGAAGGAUGUUAUCGCUGUGUCUUCAAAACCUACUCAGAGGAUGUUCUGAUUAACAGAACUUGUCUCCAGAUCUAUGAGCUGCAUGAACCCGUCCUUCAUGUGGAAGAAUCAAAGUCUCCUGAAGAGACACGUGUGUCCUGUUCAGCCACGGGUCGACCUGCUCCGACUGUAACGCUGACCGCUUCACAACAUCCUCUCUACUCACACAACACCGUCAGUGUCAACAACACCAACGGUACAGUCACCGUCACAACUACAGCCCUGCUGUCAGGUUUCCAUGGCAACAGCACACAGGUUGGAUGUGCAGCGGGAGCACCGUCUGGUCCUCAGAAAGAUGUGUUCAUGAUGAUUCCUGGGAAGAAACAGAGAUCUGUUGAUGGUUUAGAUGAAGAAUCUGGAUCCAAUCAGAGAUCAAGAUGGAAUUUGAUCAUUAUAAUGUCCGUGAUAGCGGUCUGUGCUUGUGCUUCAGCAGUCGUCAUCAUCUUGCUCAGAAAGAAACCACAAAACAGGGACACUGAGGUGAUCCUGAUCUCUCCAACUCCAUACAAGGACCAUCAGAAGACUGAAGAACCUCUGAAGACACCAGAGAGUGAAAAACCUCUAAAGACAUUAGAGAGUGAAGAAUCUCUAAAGACAUCAGAGAGUAAAGAACUAAGACAACGAAUGAGUGCAGUGAGAAACAGACCAAGUGAGAGACGAGAAGCAUCAACAUCAACAGCAAGAAGACUUGAGUUCAACACAUCCUGACUUGUUAAUUUAAAAAAAGUAAUUCACUACACUUUACUUACAAUCAAACAAAAACAAAUAAUUGGUGCUAUUUAAUUUAAUCACUAAUUCUUUUUUACUUUCCAAACAUUUUUAAGUUGAAGAUUAAUCCAAGGAACAAUUGAUAAAAAGCAUUAGCCCUGGGAACUUCCGACCAGAUCAACUUAUCCCUAAACUUAUGAUAUGUGCCACAGGUUUUAAAGUUGCAGUAAUUAAACCUUUACUUUAAAAAAAAAAAAACCCUCUCAGACGUUUUAGCUAAUUAUAGAUCAAUUUCCAAUCCUCCAUUUGAAUCUAAAAUUCUGGAAAAAGUAGUUGUAAGUUGGUUAUGUCACCAUUUGUAAAGAAAUUAUCUAUUUGAAGUCUCUCAGAUAAGGGAUUAGUGUCCAUACUGGUUCUACUGACUCAGUGCAGCUUUACUGUAGAUCAGCAUACAGUUCAAGUUAAUUCACCUGUGUAACGAAAUCUCUACCGUCAGGCAGAUUGUACCAUUUAGAGAGAUAUUAUGGGGGGAACUGACGUCAUGUUCCAUUAAUAUAUACUUUUAUAAAGUAAUAAUUAGCUGUUCUUGAUCAUAUUACAGUUGUGUGGAGUUUAAUGACGUACAUAUGUUUUUCUAUAUGUAUUUGUACAUGUAUUGUUGGUGAGUAAAGUCUUUUCAUUCUUAUGUUACCUACAUUUAAAUGUAGGUGACCAAUGAAAGCAUGCGUGCUAAAGAUCACCCGGGAAUUGGUGAUAUUACCGUCUGUGACAGUAUGGUUGGACAUGAUGGUUCAAAAAGAUGUAAUACAUUACUUUAUUGCUUUUGGACUGUUUUUUUAAGGUAAAAAGAAACUAUAUUAAAGUAUUUCCAUCUUCUUUGUCAUUAAUAUUCAGACGUGUUUGUAUUCAUUGUUGGUCAGUUGUGUUUUAAACAUUACUAUUACUAUAAACUUAACCAAAUGCAGUAAUUGCAAUUCCUGCUUUUAUGGUAUUUUACUGAGGAAAACGUUUCUUCUUAACAGACAAGACAAGAAUGAAACCAAAAGAGUAAAGAAUUUUUUUGCUGCUUUUGUUGGAACUGCACACAUUUCAUAAAAAGUGGCAGUGGGUGAAGUUUUGUGACUGUUUUACACCUUUUACCACGUUUUACAUGCUCUUCUAAACAACAUCAAGGAACUUGCAAUUAAAAAGCAAUACAGAACUUCCAGUAUGGCGGUGAGCUGUGUGGAAGUGUGUUGACCUGCUCUGCUACCUUUCUUAAAUAUUGCACUUGAGCUAUCGAAAUACCUCCAUUUCUGCAUUUAACCAAAUCCACGACAAUAAUUCCAUACUUAAAGGACCUUAUCUCCACGUAUGGGUACUUCUCAGGCUACAAAGUAAACGUAGACAAAACAAUGGCUAUGGGUUUGGGACGACGGAUCCCACAAGCAGUCAAAGUCCAGAGUGGGUUUAAAUGGCCUAAAGAUGGCAUGAAAUACUUGGGCAUCCAAAUCCCCACAUCGCUAAAAAAUUAGUUUUGUGUAAAUUAUAAAAGCAUCAUACAAAAUGUUAGUAAAGUUAUGGACCGAUGGUCCGCGCUUCCUUUAUCCAUGUUUGGUCGUGUUGAGAGUGUACGUAUGAAUGUUCUACCACGUCUUCUCUACCCAUUCCAGAUGUUGCCUAUCGAUAUCCCCAAAUCAACUUUUGACAAACUAGACAUAUGGAGCUAGAAUAGUCUCAUAAUUCACAAAUGCACACGCCGAUCCACAAAUACACAGGACAAAAUUCACAAAUGCACAGAACAACUCACACGUGCGUAGGACAAUAUACACAAAUGUAUUUUUGAUACAUCGCAAAUAUAACCUGAUUUACAAACGUUUUUUGUCUGUGAGCUGCGCUGGAUUUGCGUGUGACUUUUGAGACUCCCCUGACGUGACUCGAUCCACAAAUACGUUGUUUUUUUUAACACGGAAGGAUCUGCAACCAAUCACAUGUCUUCCUUUGUUUCAGAAUGGUGCACACAAACUGCUAAACUGUUCCAGGUUUGGAUUGUUUCUUGUCCAGAUUUUCAGCUAAUUAUUUGAAACUUGUUCAUUUGAUUAUUUUACUAUUAUUUAAUUUUAUAACCUUUUAUCUUGUUUUUCCAGAACCACAAUUGAGUCUGUAAUUUAGUAAAAAGUCAGACUUGAAAAUAAGUCUGUCUGGUUUUAUUAAUUGUUACCACAUAUUUGCAGGUAACAAGAUUUUUUUUCUCUGGCUGAAUUUCGUAUUAAUAAUUUCGCUUGGAAGAAGUAAAGUCAUUACAACUGUGAGAAAUAGAAACAAAUCAAGUUCAACGCCUUCGGCCGUGAUAGCCAUAUACACGAGUGAGACGCCCACCUGUGGUGACGCCCACCUGUGGUGACGCCCACCUGUGGUGACGCCCACCUGUGGUGACGCCCACCUGUGGUGACGUCACAGGAUUGUACCAUUUAGAUGGGGGCAACAAACGUUAUGAUCCAUUAAUUAGUCGUGUUAUUAAGAAAUAAUUAGCUGUCCUCGGGCAAAACACCUCACCCUCUAUGUGAGGGCAUGGCUGGUGUGUGAAUGUUCCAGUGGUGGUCGGAGAGCCAUGCUUUCAAAGAAAUAUAUUCUCUAUCCAUGUUGUAACAAACCUUUUGUUUAUGUUUCUUAUUCAUUUAUUUUGAGAUGUAUUUAUUUGUAAUUAGCUCAUGAGUUAAUGUAUUUUUAGUUAUAUAUGUAGUUAAUGUAAUAUUUGUUGAGUGGAUGUGUGUUGUUUUUGUGAGCUAUACGGCUGUUGAAUUUUCCUUUGGAUUAGUUCAUGAGCUAAAUCAAUAACAAAGUGCAAAUUAUCCAUCAUACUGUACACGUGUAGGACAAUUUAUACAACCGGCAAAAAUAAAUUAUGAUCCAUAUGCUUCAUUGAAUUCUUUGAUAUCAUAAUGCUCUUUUUUUCAACUCAGUUGACCACUUGACCACUGGAUGCUGUCGUUUACCGUGAUUACUUGAAAUAAAAAUGACAGAUGAACUUGAUCUGACAGUGCAAAAAAGGACAAACUAAUUAAACUUGCCUGAACAAAAAUGAUGGGAAUUUCAAUUUAGCAUUUU